AGCAGCUUUUGUGUGGCCGCCCCGUAUAAAUAGCCAGUGACACCUCACUGAGCCACCACAGAGACGGGAAGACAAGAAAGACAAGUGGUGCGUAAAAGUGCGCAGGUGAGCACCAAAAAAAGGGAGAGAUAGGAUAGAGAGAGGUAGAAAGUGAGUGAGGAAGAGAGAGAGGGGGGAGGAAGCCUCGGAGGCCGAGCCAUAAAAUGAAUUCAGACUCCAGCCCGAGCAGCAGAGCCUCAUCCCCGGACAUGGAUGCCAUGUUCCUCCGAGAGCACCUCCCCAGCCACCACUUCCACCACCUGCACCCGCAACUAAUUCCCCUGCACCACCACCGCCACCACCCGGUCUCCUCGUCCACGCAGGGCGGCAAGACGUCGGAGUCCAAGUCGGCUUCGUCUUCAUCGUCGGUGGAGAGUGGCGACGGCGGCGGCAACAAGUUCAAACUGAAGAAGCAGGUGACCGAGCAGGAGAUGUACCAGCUGCGCCUGAAGAUCAACGGCCGCGAGCGCAAACGCAUGCACGACCUCAACCUGGCCAUGGACGGCCUGCGCGAGGUCAUGCCCUACGCGCACGGACCCUCCGUGCGCAAGCUGUCCAAGAUCGCCACGCUGCUGCUGGCCCGAAACUACAUCCUCAUGCUCAACAGCUCCCUGGACGAGAUGAAGCGGCUGGUGGGCGAGAUCUACGGCGGCCAGCACUCGGCCUUCCACUGCGGCACCGUGGCGCACCCGGGAGCCGCGGCGGCCGCGGCGGCGGCGGCGGCGGCGGCAGCGGCCGCCCACCAGGUGCACCCGCUCCUGGGCGGCGGCGGCCUCUCGUCCUCCACCGCCUCCUCCACCCUCCCCGCGCUCACCUCCAUCCGGGCCCCGCACGCCAUGAUGAAGGGCUCCCCGGGUGCCGCGCCCCCCAGCCUGCAGCUGGGCUCCGGGUUCCAGCACUGGGCCGGGUUGCCGUGUCCGUGCGCCAUCUGCCAGGUGCCUCCUCCUCCGCCUCCGCCUCCUCCUCCGCCGCACAUCCCCAUCACCUCCUCCGGCCUGACGAGACUCACAGGGGAGGCCAAGGACGGCAUGAAAUGAUGCCAGACUGUCUGUGAACCUUUGUAGAUAAUUUCCAAGGACUUUUUGAGGAGCGUGGAUUCGUGCAUGUUGUUGUCUGUUUUCUUGUGGGUCCAUCUGAGAAAAUGUGUGUUAAUUCCCUCCUUGUACCAAGGACUUGUGUGAUACUAAAGACUGACACUUUCAAACUUGAAGGUAAAGCAAACAAAAAGAAAAGGAAAAAAAAUAUUGUUGUGCAUGAACAUUUUGGUUCUCUUUAUUUUGUGAAAAUGAAGAAUGCUUUGUGCCUUGUACCAAGGAUUGAAACGGGGGAGGGGAACAAAAAACGAGUUCCAUAUUAAAACAUGCUUUUAUUUUCCUUGACAUUGACUUUAUAGUUUUGUAAUGUAACUUUUCAUGAGUGACUCAUUGUACAAACAUGCUCUCAUUUGAUUUGUUUUAUUGUUACUUUGUGCAUGUUGCUCGAAUGGUGACAUUACUGCUCAAUUUGUUACGCCCAGAGACUGUGUGUCUUUAUUUUUUUACAUUGUUGA